AUGAAGAAAUCAAAGUAUUCGAAUUAUCAAAUAUGCGUGAUGAUCAUAGAAGCGAGGCACUUGCAGCAAUUGGCUAAUCCAAUGGUAGUAGUUAAAUUAGGUAAUCAGAAGAGAAGAACUGUUGUAAGAGAAGGAACGGAUUGUCCGGUUUAUAACGAGUAUUUCGUUUUCGAUUUUGCGGGAAACUUUGAAACAUUACUUUCCACGAGGAUCACAAUAGCUGUUUACUUGAGAAACUAUUUACGGCAGUUGAAGUUCUAUGGAAGUAGUAUCUUCGAAGUUGAAGCUGUGUGGGAACAACCUGAUCAUCAGUAUCAUCACAAAUGGGCGAUGCUCACAGAUCCAAAAAGCUUAUCGAGCGAACCAAAGGGAUACGUUAAGUGUAACGUGGCUGUGAGAGCAAAAGGUGGAAAAGUUCGAGUUUAUCCAGAUACCGAGGGUGAAGAUGAUAUCGAGGGAAAUUUAUUACUUCCUAUCGGUGGUGAAGCAUUACCUUUCGGUCAACGAGCUCGAUACAUUUUUACUAUCUAUCGUGCAGAUGGUUUACCGGAUAUGACGAGUAUUUGUGGUUUUGGUGACACGGGAGGUAUUAAUCCUUACGUACAAAUAUCGUUCGCCGGUAUGAAGGGUACCACAAGAGUCUUAUGGCGAACUUGUACUCCAAGAUUUAACGAGAGGAUCAUCUUUUCCGAAACUUUCCCUUCCUUUUGUCGGCGUAUUAGAAUCACGAUGAAACAUCGAGUCAAUAGUUGUCGUAUACGUACCCUGGCCACACGUGUUAUUCAUAUCGGACAAAUAUCCAAUUCCGGAGAAUACGGAUUUCUACCGACGUACGGACCAUCUUUUCUUCAUUUCUACGCUUCGAAUAAAGAGGAAAGGAACAGCUGCUGCUUCUCCUCGUCCUUACCUUUUUAUCGAGGAAGAGUACUCUUGUCUCUAAAAACCGAAAUGGAUGAUCCUGAAACUUCGCCCAGAAUCGGCAUUGAAACAGAACCGGCUGCUCCCAUUAUCGAAAAAAGUUUAUGGAAAGUGGAAGAAUAUGUAUUGCUUGGUAUACUUUACGACGUAUGUAUGAUCGAUCGGAGUAGAUUCGCUAAAAAAUCAAUAGUAUUCGAAUUGAGUAUUGGUAAUGCCGGAAACCAAAGAUUUUCACGUGAUCGAUGUGAUCCAGGAAACAAUAACGAUGACUAUGACGAAGACAACGAUGACAACGACAACGACGACAACGACGACGACGAGAAUAUUCAAGAACCGAGGAGGAAUAUGUCGGAGGAAAGACGUAAAGAUUUUCCGAGUCAAACAGUACGAAGAACAACAGGAACUCUCGACGGGAAAUAUAAUUAUUUACCACUGGGAUCUAGAAAGCCUUGCAUUUACGUCAAAUCUUAUUGGCCCAAUUUCGAACGUAGAAUUUUCAACCUUAAUUAUUUACGUUAUAUCGUUAACUACUUAGAGAAGAAACUCGAAGAAGUCGAGACUUUAGUUGCCGUGGAAAAUCCUAAAGCAUGUAAGACUUACAACGAAACUAUUCGAAGGUUCAAGAGCCAUUGCCUGCAUUAUUUGCAUACGCUGGACGAUGGUCGAUACGAUGCGGAAGGUGAUGGUGGUGGUGGUGGCGGUGGUGGUGGUAGGGGUACGAUCAAAUUGGAUCGACAUCGAGCGAAUGUAUGCUGUAAGCAAAUCGACGAUAUUCUCCGGAGAAUCAAAAUAGACGGUGAAAUUCCUAACAACCAUUUUAUCGGAAUAGCCAUGAUACACGCUUAUCAAUAUUUGCGAGAACUUCGGGGAUUAUGCGAGGACGUAAACGGUCUUCCGCACGUCUACCUUUGGAUGUUGGCCGGUUCGAAACGCGUUGCAUACGUCAAAUUACCAGCUGAAAGGAUUAUUUACUCUGAGGAUAAUGCAGAAAGAGGUGAAAAGUGUGGACAAUCUAUUAACGUUUUCCUGAAGAAUCCUGCUAAGGAGAUGGAGUUUGGUGAAACGAUCGAUCAGUGUGCUUGCAAAAUUGAAAUCUUUCUAUGGCUUGGUAACGCAAAGUUCGUAGCCUCCUGUUGGAGUUCGAUCCCUCCAGGCUAUGUAAUUUCGGACCAUGAAGAAACCAUCGAUGCAUUUCCAAAGUACUUUGAAUAUGAUCGAUCUUCGACGUUUCAACUACGUGCACAUAUUUUUCAAGGACGUUUCGAGCCUGGUAUGGACACGUCCGCUUUGUUGGAUCCGUUUGUACGUGUGACAUUUUCUGGAUACACCUUGACAACGAGUGUCAUACGUCAAAGUUUGGAUCCAUUAUGGGACGAAAGUUUGAUAUUUCCAAGAGUAAAAAUUCAUGGGACUAGAGAACACAUUAAAAUUAUGCCACCGAAAGUAGUUCUUCAAGUUUUCGACCAGGAUAUCUGUGGUAUGAAGGAGUUUUGCGGAAGGUGCAUCGCCGUUCCAUUAGUUAAACUCUCCACGGAAACUUACUCACCGCCAGAUUUCCAACCGAAACUAGGAUGGUACAGAUUUCAGUCUGGAAAGAAUUAUACCGGCUCCAUUUUAGCUGCUUUAGAGCUUAUCGAGACCGAAGAAACUGAUAUGGUCGACGUACUAUUGGACGAGAGAACGCAAGAGGAAAUAAAAAACAUACCUCCGGAAAUAAGACCGAAAAUGACGAGUUAUCGGUUGGAGGUGAUCUUUUGGGGUGUUAGAGAUAUGAGAAAAUUACAUUGGGUACCGGUUUAUCGGCCAAGAAUUGUCAUCGAGUGUGCUGGUGUGGUCAUCAAAUCACGUGUCAUGGAAAAUGCUAAGAAAUUUAGUAACUUUGAGGAACCACGUGUUAUGGUUGAUCUGGAGAUGCCAGAACUCGACGAGUAUUAUCCAUGCGUUACGAUACGUGCUUAUGAUUCCCGUGGAUUUGGCUGUUUCAAAUACGCCGGUAUCUGCAUAAUUCCAACAGUCAAUGUGUUCCUCGAACAAUUAAUAACGGAUGAAGAUUAUCAAGCACAAAUAUACCAAACGAAAUCAGCACGAAAAUUUGGUCGUGGUGUUGCUAUUCCUACUGCUGCCACUUCUAUUAAACGACGACCAUGUAAGAGAUUGAGAGAGAAAGAGAGAGAGAACGGUUUGAUGGAAUAUAAAAAAACAUCCUACAAAGGGUUUCCACGUAAAACUUUCAAUAUUUUCGAAUACGUGAAAAAGUUAUUCAAAUGGAGGAAGCUAAUUAAAAAGAGGAGAAAAGAAGAUUAUGGUACGGAGAUGCACGAUGAUAGUCUUGAUUGGUGGAGCAAAUAUUUCGCUUCCCUCGAGAUAUAUUCCGAGGAAUUGGAAACUCAACCAGAGUUCGAUGGAUUUCAAGAUAGAUUAACUACUUUCGAAUUGUGGAAAGGAAAGAGGAUUGAAAAUCUCGAUGAUGGCAUUGAAGGUCUUGUAGGAAAAUUCAAAGGACAUAUUUCCGUGUAUCGUUGGCCACAUCCAGAAAAUUUAUCUUGCAAGACGAGACACGGUAGAAAUGCCGCUAAUGGUUUAUGCGAUGAUUACCCAUCUCAGGAAUCAGUUAAACUUCUCGUUAGAGUUUACGUGAUAAAAGGAAUUCAUUUACAUCCUAAGGAUCCAUUAGGUGGAAAGUCUGAUCCGUAUCUCUGUGUAAAGCUAGGAAAAAUUUUUAUAAAUGACAGGAAGAAUCAUAUACCUAAUCAACUUAAUCCUACUUUCGGCAGAGUUUUUGAGAUGGAUGCUACCUUCCCUCGAGAUUACAUGCUUUCCAUUCAAGUCUGGGAUCACGACGCAACUACCACGGACGAUUUAAUCGGUGAAACUAAAAUCGAUAUCGAAAACAGAUUCUACAGUAGACAUCGAGCUAACUGUGGAUUGGCGAGAACUUAUGAAACCUUUGGUUAUAACGCUUGGAGAGAUCGCGAGAAACCAACACAAAUUCUUGAUUUCCUUUGCAAGAAGAAUAAUUUACCGAUACCUGUUUAUGAUAGGGAAGAAGUUCGUAUCGGUAAACGAAAGUUUUCUUUUCGUUCGAUCGUUAACAAUGAAACAGACAGAGAAGAAUGCAUGGCUUUGAACGUGCUUCAUCAAUGGCAAGAGUUUCCUAUUUGCGGAUGCGCCCUGGUACCGGAGCACAUCGAAAGACGUCCGCUUUUCAAUGCAACAAGACCCGGCCUCGAACAGGGUAGAUUGGAAAUUUGGAUCGACAUGUUUCCUAUUGGAAACCUACCCCCAAAACCUGCGGUCAAUAUUUCUCCCCUCGUACCAGAGGAAUAUGAAAUUCGAGUGAUAGUUUGGAAUACCGAAGAUGUUCCCUUAGUGGAAAGUCAAUUUCUCACGGGAGAAAUGUCAUCGGAUAUUUAUGUGAAAGGUUGGAUUCUGCCAGAAGACCGACAGAAGACCGACGUUCAUUACAAUUCUUUAAGCGGCGAAGGUAAUUUUAAUUGGAGAUUCGUCUUUCGCUUGGUCUAUUCUAAGAGCGAAAACGUUAUGAUCGUUCGAAAGAAAUUAUUCGUUUUUGCGAGAAACGAAACCGAGGAGAAACUUCCUUGCAAACUACAUCUCGAAGUUUGGGACAGCGAUCACUUUUCCGCGGACGAUUUUCUUGGUGCACUGACAUUAAACUUGUCGAAGAUGCCACGUGGUAGCGCCAAUUCAAAAACUUGUACAAUGAAAGUACUCGAUUCUAAAUUGCCAACGGUGAAUCUUUUCAAAAUUUCCCGUCUCAAAGCUUGGUGGCCACUCGUACGAAGAACCGAGGAUGCUAAAUACGUUCAAGCAGGGAAAAUAGAAAUGGAACUGUCGACUCUGCGGGGAGUUGAGGCUAAUGAACGUCCAGUAGGUAAAGGAAGAGAUCCACCGGAAGAACUUCCACCACCUAAACGUCCGGACACUUCAUUCUCAUGGUUUUUCAAUCCAUGGAGAGCUUGUCGUCACGUGGUUUGCCGUUACUACAAAUGGAGGAUCCUGUUAUGCGUAUUAUGCGUUCUGUUUGUUAUACUAAUUUGCUGCGCGAUUUACGCUUUUCCAGGAUAUUUCGUAAAACGUCUCCUAGGGGCUUGAGAAUUACGAAUUAACGAUUCACAAAUCUUAAUGAAUUUUUUAAACGAGAUUAAAAAGAAAAAAAGAAAAAUUAAAAAACACAUUCGAGAUUUAUUUUCCGUUUAAACGAGCGCGAGAUCAAAAAUAAUCGAAAUUUCGAAAUAGAACUGUGCAACUAUAUUC